AGCAUAUCACCAUUGUUGGCAUGGAGAAGUUGAUCUGCCGUGGUGUUGAAAACCUUUCUACCUGCAUGAUCUAGAAUGACAAUUGUUGACACCAGAACUCAAGUGUUGCAGGUGGUAUUUUCUUGGGACAGUUGGAACAACUGUAGUAGCACCAAUCGUCCAACACGUCGUCAACUUUGGCUAUCAACUCGUAAUAAUUCC